AUGGCCAGCCGGCGCAUGUCUGACGCCGAGCUUUCGAGCUGGCUGCGGCUGCUGCCCGACGAGUGGCGCCUCCGACCGAUGCAGCGCCGCGGCCUCGAGCUCAUGGCGCGCGGCGAGGACCUGCUCGUCGUCGACCGGACGGGUGGCGGCAAGUCCUUGCUCUUCCAGCUGCCCGCCAUCGCUGAUUGGGUGGUCGAGGUGGAGCGGGGCGAUGAGCUGCCGUCGGUCACGCUGCUCGUCGUGCCGUUUGUCAGCUUGGGGGAGCACCAGGCGGCGGCGUUCGACGCGUUAAUCAAAAAGCUGCGGGACGCAAGGCGCCUCCCCGAGGCGGCGCCUGCAACCACACCCGCCGCGAGCCAGGGCGGCGAGACCGCUAGCGCGUGGCCUACGGCGCUGCCGUGCGGCUCCUGCGAGGGCUGCCGCGGCACGCUGGCGCCGAAUCUCCACGCAAAUCUGCCCAUGGUCGGCGACGCGCGGUGCUGCUGGUCGUGCAAGGUGGCCGCGCCCGGGAGACCGGCGGAGUGGUGUGACUGGUGCCAGGCGCACCCGAAGUCGCGAGCAGUCAGCUCCACGAGAGCCGUGCGCGGCCUCAAGGCCUGCGUCCUUCGGUCCCGCUUGCUCGCCCCGCACGCGAGCGGCGAGGAGGGAGGCUCGUCGGCGACACCCUCGACGACGGCGCCCAUGGCUCGCACCCGCAGCGCCGCGCUGGUCUCUCCGGCGCCGGCAAAGAGCAGCGCUGCCGAGACAGAGACUGCCGAGGAGGAGGCUAGCGAGCCGACGUGCCUGUCCGAUCUCCACCGGCGGUCGCCCGAGCGCCGUAUCGCUGAAGAUGCGAGUAUCGCGCUCGUCAUCGUCACCGCCAGCGCGCUCGACGCCGAGGGCAGGCGCGGGCGGCUGCUGCGCGAGGCUCUUACUCUGCGCACGCUCCGACGCCGGGUGAUGGACGAGAGCCACACGGUUGACGCGGAGCAGAUGGCGUCGUACGCGCCCUCUGUCGGGCGCGUCGGCAUCUGCUGGGAGAUAGGCGACUCUGCUGCCACGGUGGCGAGCGGCGUGCAGCGCAGGCCGCCUCGACUCGCCCUCACCGGCACCCUGCCGCCCGUUGCGACGCCUCGCGUGCUGCGCCGGCUGCGGAUGAGCGAGGCGACGACGUCGGUGCUGCGCGGAUCCAUCGACCGCCCGGACGUCACCUACUACCGCAUCCCACUCACGCGCGCCGACGGGGAGAGCUUGAUUGACCUCGGCGUCCGCACUCUCGCCCUCAUCCGCAACGCGGCACCGAGAUGGGCGACCGAGGGACGCACCAUGAUAUUCACCUCGUUCACGUCGACAGCGCGCCGGCUCGCUGCUGCUCUCUGUAAGCCGCCUUGCACGGAGCCGGCUUGGUGUUACUGCUCGCGCUCGAUGGACCCUGCAGAGCGCGAGCAGAACCGCCGCGCGUGGGAGAACUCCCCUCGCGGCAUCAUCGUCUGCACCGGCGCCCUCGGCACAGGCACUAGCACCCCUGGUGUGCGGCUCGUCAUCGGGUACGACUUUCCCGCGGACGUUAUCGAGCUCGCCCAGCACGUCGGCCGAGCCGCGCGCGAGGAUGGCGAGUCGGGCGUGGCCGCACUGUGCAUGACCGGCCAGUUUGCGUCGGAGCGGUUGGCGCUUCUCGCGCCGACGGACCGCGCCGGCGUUGCCAACUUUGUGCGGGUGCUCGGCGUGCUCUUUACCACUGGCUGUUUCCGCGCUGCGCUGCUGCGUGAGUUUGGGGAGGUUGGGGAGGGGUGUGCCGGCUGCGAUCACUGCUGCCGUUGCGGCUACUGCGCCAGUGCGGGCGCGCUCUUGCCAGAGCUCGCGUUCCACUGCUUCGAGGGGCGGGAGGCAGCUAUCCUUCUCAUGGAGCACGUGCGCGCUCUCGACGAGACCCCGUCCCUGCCCGCGCUCCUUCGCUCUGCUCCUCUCGGCGCAGCUGCCCCCUUCGCCAGCCGCGUGGGGCACGAGAUGCUCUGUCUAGCUCUCAUUCCUAGGGGCGGGCUCGUGGUGGAGAAUGCGCCGCACCCGCAUCUCGAGCGUGGCUCCGUGCCACGCGUGACUAUGUGCGAACGCGUGCUGCACGAGAUGCGGUCCGGCGGCAAGCCCUUCCCUGUGCUCUUGCCUGCUGAUGCCUUUGCAGGCAAUGCGGUGAGCGGGCGCGUCAAGGGGGCCGAGGAGCUCGAGGACGCUGCCGACCGACAGGAGGUUUCCUCACUGAUUGCUGCCGCGACCGAGUCCCUCGAGCUGGCACAGUCGGUGUUGCGUGGCUCAGCGAGGCGCGUCAACCCAGAGGACGAUGUUGCUCGGCGGCUGCGCUUGGGUGCGGAACUGGGUAGGGAUGCCAAGCGGCGGGGUGUGGGGGAGGUUGUUGCGCCUCCUUCAGCGGAGGUGCGGGACUUUGUCAACCGGCACCGUCUGUCUGCCGCAGCUAGCAGCGAGCUCGCGCGGAUGCUAGAGGCGGCGUCGCUGCGAGAGGAGUAG